AUGAGACUGCGGACAUCGCUAUGUAGUGCUGCUGUACGACUAAGAUCAGUGUCAGCUCGUCCGACACUCCACGAACCAAGGCCACUCAGACCUCAUCAGAGUGCCGUACCGACGACAUGGCAGCGAGGCGCCAAGACCAAGACAACUGUCAAAGCCAGCAGUUUACCACAAGGCAUACUACCACCUUUACCUCCGGAUGAGAGCGAGAAAGUCCAGGCCAGAUCAUACCCGCCAGUCCUACAACAACAUCUCAACAAUGUCCGGAAGUUCACCGACUGCGUCGUCCUCACUCGUGUGGGAGACUUCUACGAGAUGUAUUUCGACCAAGUCGAUGAAUAUGCUCCUCUGGUCAACCUCAAAAGGGCCAAACGAGCUACAGCGCUUGGUGAUGUGGCGAUGGCUGGCUUCCAGCAUACUCAACUAGAUCGCUACCUGAAGAUGUUCGUCCAGGAUCUCGGAAAGCAAGUCGCCAUUAGCGAGCAGAUCCGUUUGCCUGACGGAGAGCGUAUUGGUAAGGGACCGAUGUAUGAUCGAAAAGUCACGAGAGUGGUGACUGCGGGCACACUCAUCGAUGAGAACUUUAUGGAUCCGUUCGAGAACAAUUACCUUCUGGCUGUGCACUUUGAUGGCGUGCUACCAAGCCCGACAGGCCAGGCUUCUGAUAAAGGAGCGUAUGAGCGGUAUGCUCGUAGCAUGAAAGUCGGCCUUAGUUGGGUUGACUUGUCGAGUGGCGAAUUCAACACACAGAUCAGCGAUCUGGCCACCCUACCAAGCCUGAUCGCGCGGAUUUGCCCACGCGAGAUCGUGCUCGAUGCAGGCCUUGAGGAUGCAGGCCAACCACGUUUGCAGAAGCAUCUCGGAGAUGGUAAUCACGCUAUGCACUUCCACGCUGCUACGACUGGGAUCACAAAGGUCUCAGACUGGACACCGAUGCUGGAGCGAGCCGUGGCAGACGACAAGAUCGGAGACUUCGCAUCGCAAGAAAUUGCGGCCGGUAGUCAAGUACUGGACUAUAUUCGUGAGAAGCUUGUGGUCACGAAUCUGCGACUGCAGCCACCUACGCGGAAGUCGGAUGAGGAGUACAUGUCUAUUGACAAGCAAAGCCUGCGAGGUCUCGAGAUACGUAGCACGCUUCGUGAUGGCACACUCCAAGGCAGUCUACUGCAUGCUGUACGGCACACGGUGACCAAGAGUGGCGCUCGGUUGCUCAGCCAGCGACUCGUAGCCCCAUCUAUGUCCCUAUCUAUGAUCAAUGACCGACUCGAUCUUAUUCAGGAAUUGCUCAGCAGCGAUGCGCUGCGUGAAGAUAUCGUUGCGCUGCUGCGGCAGACUGCAGACACAUUACGGCUGUUGCAGCGCUUCUCGAUUGGCAAAGGUGACGCGGAUGAUCUCCUCAACCUCGCAAGGACUGUCGACGUGAUGGGUCAGGUGGCAGAGCUCCUUCAUGACCAUAUCAUAGCACGUCAGGAGCCUCUAGAGGUUACACCCGAAGAGCCUAACGCACGGCCCAUGGAUCUGGACUUUUUGUGGGACAUCUUGCACCGUCUCGACUUGGAAGGACCUGCUAAGCUAGCCAGAGUCAUCGAAGACGCUAUCGACGAGGAGUCUCUGACACGUCAGCACACCAUCGAAGCUGAACAGCAGGAAGAAGCGGAAAGCGUGGUCGAGGGAGUGAUCAAAGCUGAAGAGGCAGGUGAGGAAGCGCCAAAGCGUGGAAAGCGUGCCUCGAAAGCUACGCCCAAGACAACAGAAGAGACCAGCAGUGAAAUAUGGAUCAUGCGCAGAGAUGCAUCCAAAACACUGGAGCGUGCUCAUGCCGACCUGGACAAGCUCGUACAGAUGAAAAGCGAAUUGGCCGCAGGCCUGCGAAACCAGCUGAAGUCUGAGAGUCUGACGCUGCGCUGGAGCGCGCAACUUGGCCACUUCUGCCAUAUCAAAGGCAAAGAUGCUAAUGGCAAUCUAGCAGCAUUAGCUGGUGCUCGCGUGAUCGGGUCAACAAAGAGCACACGAUCUUUCUACCUCGCAGAUUGGACACACCUCGGCGUCCGCAUAGACGACUGCAAGUUACGUGUUCGCACAGAAGAAGAACGAGUCUUCGGCAAACUGCGUGCACAAGUCAUCGACAACCUAAUGAAACUCCGCCGCAACGCUGCUGUCCUAGACGAGCUAGACGUAGCCUGUUCCUCCGCCACAAUCGCCAAAGAACGCAAUCUUGUCCGUCCCAUCCUCAACGAAACCACAACCCACCAUAUCAUAGGCGGCCGCCACCCCACAGUCGACCUGGGGCUCAAGACUCAGGGCCGACCGUUCACAUCGAACGACUGCACAGUUGGCGACAAAGAGAAGAUCUACCUCAUCACCGGCCCCAAUAUGGCAGGCAAGAGCACCUACCUCCGCCAGAACGCUCUGGUAACUAUCCUAGCACAGACAGGUCUCUUCGUACCCGCAGACUACGCUUCCAUCGGCCUCGUCGAUAAGAUCUUCUCUCGUGUCGGCUCGGCAGAUAAUCUGUACCAAGACCAAUCAACCUUCAUGGUCGAAAUGCUAGAAACGGCCGAAAUCCUGAAACAAGCUACACCUCGCAGCUUUGUCAUCAUGGAUGAGGUUGGUCGUGGGACGACGCCCGAAGAUGGUAUCGCGGUGGGCUAUGCUUGUUUGCAUCAUUUGCAUCAUGUCAACCGGUGUCGAGCGUUGUUUGCUACGCACUUCCAUGCAUUGGCGGAUAUGACCAGAGAUUUCGAGAAGUUGGCUUGUUAUUGUACCGAUGUUGCUGAGGAGACAGAUGGUAGUUGGGCUUAUGUGCAUAAGCUGAGGAGGGGCGUGAAUCGGGAGAGUCAUGCUUUGAAGGUUGCGAAGUUGGCUGGUCUGCCGGAGGAGGCUGUGCAGGUGGCGAAGGGGGUGCUGGAUAGUCUUGGUCAUGGUCAACAGGGCCGGCGGAGCUCCGAGGCCAAAAAACUUUUGGUGCUGGCGCUGGCUGAAGCAGGAACCAAUGGACAAUGA